ACGACGAGAGACAUCUAGGCGGGAUUCAUUAUGGCUCGGAGGCGGAAGUGGGCCGAUCCGAGGCAGCGGAACGGAGGUCGGACCCCGGAGCGCCACAAUUCAUGAGGGAAACCUUGCUGCGAAUAAACACGCCCGCUCUUCUGGGUUCCUCUCGCUCACAUCGUCCCUCACCAGAUGCUUGGUACCGCCAGCGCAUAGCACCCCUUGCUCCCGACCGCCAUGGCCUCUGUCGACCCAGAAGCCCGUGCUUCCUCUCCCGACCAGGAAUCGCGCCCACAGCAGUCAGCGUUGACCCGGAGACUGAAAACUGCCGCGGGUUUUGUGCGCGUCCACGUCAAGAAGCACGUCGGCGUUGGGACAGUCUGCGCGGUAGCCUACUUCGAUCCGGGCAAUUGGGGCGUUGAUCUUGAAGCAGGCAGCAAGUAUGGCUACAGGCUGCUAUUCGUCAUCCUUCUCGCCGGGAUAUUCGCGGUGUUCCUGCAGGUUCUCGGAAGUAGGUUAGGAUGCGUCACUGGCCUCGACCUGGCCGCGCACUGCCGCCUCCUGCUGUACAAACGCACGAAGCGACCGCGCCUUGUGCGAUGGUUGACGCUCUACCCUCUCUACGUCAUCUCAGAGGUCGCCAUCAUCGCUACCGACCUUGCAGAGCUGCUCGGAUCAGCUAUAGCCCUCUGCCUUCUGUUCCCAAAGCUCGAGCUUUGGCAUGGCGUACUCAUAACUGCCUUCGACGUAAUCAUCCUUCUCGCCUUGAAGGACCCCCUGGGUGCCAAACCUGUUCGGCCCUUCGAGCUUCUCAUAGCAGCCUUGGUGCUUGCUGUUCUUAUAUGCCUUCUGAUCGUCAUCGCAUCGGUCGAGAUAAACUGGGGGACCGCCUUCAAAGGCUUCAUCCCGUCCAAGUAUGUCAUUCAGAAUGGCGCUUUAUACACUUCUGUCGGUAUUCUCGGCGCAACAGUCAUGCCUCAUAGCCUUUUCCUGGGGUCUGCACUCGCAACCCAAGACCGUGUAUCGCCGCCGAAGCCAACACUCAGUACGGAAUCGCUCGAUGACAUUGACUCCGUCACGCCUCCUUCUCAACGCCCAUCUACAUUACGAAGCCUAUACAAGAAAUCGCAACAAUGGAUUGUAGCGUCUUUCCGCGCGCCACCUCCGAACGCAUCAUCGUCCAACGCCAAAUGUCAUGCUGAUCACGAAAAUCAUUCUCUCCCUUUCAUCAAAGCACACCUGUAUCAUGGUACCGCCGACAUCAUUGGUAGCCUUUUGGGCUUCGCUGUAUUGAUAAAUUCUCUUAUUCUCGUUCUCGCAAGCGCUGUUUUCUUCUACGGUUCAGGGAGAGACGCGACGGGCAACAAGGACCCUGCUGGUCUCUUCGACGCGUACGACCUGAUUCGCGAUCUUGUGGGCAAGCCUGCCGCCACUUUGUUCGCGAUAGCCCUUCUUGCGGCUGGUCAGAGCUCCUCAAUCAUCGCCACCGUCGCAGGUCAAGCCGUCUCAGAAGGUUUCCUUCGUUGGCGGGUCUCAGCCGUCGUACGUCGGCUCUUGACACGGCUCAUCGCCGUUAUCCCCUCUAUGAUUGUCGCCGUCUCGCUUGGCCGGGAUGGUGUUGACGAUCUGCUGGUCGCCAGCCAAGUCGUCCUCUCCGUCUGCCUCCCGUUCAUCUCCCUACCGCUCCUCUACCUCACCUCGUCGAAGGCUAUCAUGUCCAUUCGCGAGCCCGUUUUACCUUCCGAGCCUGCUACGGUGACAGACGCGGAGGGUGGAUUCCGCGUGGUGGACUUCAGCAACGGCAUCAUCGCGAAGGUCUUCGGCACGCUGGUCUGGCUCGUCGUGGUCAUCGCCAACGUGUAUGUGCUCGUCACUCUGUAAGGGGAUGGCAGCCAUGCGUCGAAUCAUCAGAGAAGUACGAGGGGGUGUACAAGUUGGCAUCCGUGUUCUUGGACCUGAGUGUAGAUGAAGGACGUUCCCGUUUCGAGUUACCCGUAUCGUAUCCUCGCAUCCUGAGGUCACAUAUCCUACGCAUAUCUGUAUCUCUUGUCGAUGCUUUCCUGCACAAGCUAGUCACUAUAGUACAUCGUAUCUCCAUUGCAAUCUUGGAAUUAUGCCUAUUAGCCCUUGAUCAUUCGUGGCGAUGGACGAGAUUCCAACUUAGACGAACCGUG